AUGGAUGCAGCAGAGCUAGUGGAGUUAUUCCAGAUGGUCACGCACAGAAUUGUGUUGGUGGGUAUGACUGGAGCUGGGAAGAGUGCAACAGGGAACACCAUCCUUGGGAGAGAGGCCUUCAAAGCAGAAUUAUCCUCAGACUCUGUGACUACAACCAGUCAGACGGAGUGUAGUGAGGUGGCUGGGCGUUGUAUUACACUGAUUGACUCUGUAGGAUUGUUUGCCACAGGGAAGAAUGAACGUGAACUGAAAAGUGAGAUAAAGAAGUGUGUUGAGUCAUCUUGUCCUGGGCCUCAUGCCUUCCUGCUGGUGAUGAGACUGGAUGUGAGAUUCACAGAUGAGGAGAGCAAUGCAGUCAAGUCGAUCCAGGAGAACUUUGGUGAAGAAGCUUUAAAGUACACCUUAGUUCUCCUUACUCAUGAAGAUGCACUGAAGGGAAAACCAGUGAACCAUUUGCUGGAUAAAAGUUAUGCUCUCUCAUCUCUUAUCAGCCAGUGUGGGGGUAGAUAUCACACAUUUAACAAUAUGAGUGCAGACAGGACUCAGGUCAGUGAGCUACUGGAGAAGAUAGAGGCCAUGGUGGAGAAGAAUGGAGGAGGACACUACACCAGUUACGAAGAAGUCCAGAUGAAAAUACAGAGAAAAGUACAAGAGGCCAUUUGUUUUGUUGGUAAGUUAGCACUAGUAUUAGGAACAGUAGUAGCUGGAACGGCAGCUGGAAGGACAGCACUUGAAGCAACUGAAAGGGCAGCACUUGAAGCAGCUGGGACGAAAGCACUCAAAGCAGCUGGAACGACAGUCUUUGAAACAGCUAGAACAGCAGCCUUUGAAGCAAUUGGAAGGGCAGCACUCAAAGCAGCUGGAACAGCAGCAACUGGAACAGCAGCCUAUGAAGCAGCUGGAAAGGCAGCACUCGAAGCAGCUGGAAUAUCAGCACUCAAAGCAGCUGGAACGGUAGCCUUUGAAGCAGUUGGAAGGGCAGCACUCGAAGCAGCUGGAAUUAUGUGA